AUGGAUGACGUCCUGACCGGAGCACCAACCAUUGCUGAGGCCAAGGAGAUGCAACAGCAGCUCACCUUGAUUUGCAGGGCGGGCGGAUUCCCCCUAAAGAAAUGGUCAGCGAACUCUUCCGCUCUGCUCGCGGACCUACCGGCGGAGGACCUCUUGCAGCGGGAUCCUCGGUGGUGGCAGCCAGGGAAAAGCCACUCGACCUUGGGCCUCCGGUGGCAUCCGCACGAGGACUCGUUUGCGUUCUCAAUACCACCGCUCCAGUUAUCGACUGUAACAAAAAGAACAGUCCUGUCAUUGACAGCCCGACUGUUUGACCCGAUGGGAUGGCUCGCCCCCACCACAGUGCGAGCCAAAAUUAUAAUACAAGCGACUUGGUUGCUACGGGUCGACUGGGACACCCCACUGCCUGAAGGCGAUGUGCAGAGGUGGCAGGAAUUCCAGACCGAACUUCCCUUCCUGGAGCAUAUCCGCGUUCCCCGUGGGCUCACGGGCGGAACUGCUUACCGACGGGAAAUCCACGGCUUCGCUGACGCCUCCGAGAAGGCCUAUGCGGCCGUCGCGUACCUGCGAACUGAAAACUUGGAAGGAGAGGUAGAAGUCACCUUACUGAGCGCAAAAACGAAGGUCGCGCCUUUAAAGCAGGUGAUAUUACCACGCCUGGAGCUUUAUGCGGCAACGCUGCUCAUUCGGCUCGUCGGCCACAUCGGCCGCGUCUUGGAGACCUCUGACGUCACGAUUCAUCUUUGGUCGGACUCAACAGUAGCCCUCGGAUGGAUCCGCGGCCAUCCUGCCGGCUGGAAGACGUAUGUGGCCAACCGGGUCUCGGAGAUCCAAACGUCAUUGCCUGAUGCCGUGUGGCACCACAUUCCCGGACGAGACAACCCGGCCGACUGCGCUUCACGAGGGCUGUCACCGAAGGAGUUGGUAAACCACCCCCUCUGGUGGCACGGCCCGACGUGGCUGAGCACGGAGACAGGAGACUGGACGACCGCUGGGGACUGUGACGGCGAGAGCGAGCUUCCCGAGCAGCGCGCUUCGAGCCACGCGGCUACGUCAAUCAAGGAGAAAAGCCAGGAGCCCGAGAUGCUGAACCUGUACUUGGCCCUGCCUCGGCUACUACGGGUCAUGGCCUGGUGUCGUCGCUGGCUAGGCCGACCCUUGGAGAGGCUGGUGCCCGAAGUACGGGCCAAUCCUGCCGUCCAGCGCGUCCUUAGGGCCUCCGAAGUCGAGGAGGCGCGCCUGAGUUGGAUCCGAGUCAUGCAAGCUGCAAACUUCAAGGAGGUGUUAGCGGCUAUCGCGAAUGGCAAAUCUCUGCCCACACGCAGUACACUUACCCGGUUAACUCCUUUCAGGGACCCCCAGGGAAUCCUCAGAGUCGGCUGUCGGAUCAAGCGCGCUCUCCUCUCCUAUGACGCCAGGCACCCGAUCAUCUUACCUGGAGGAUCAACCUUUACUCGCCUCGUCAUCAAGGCGUACCAUCGCCGGACCUUGCACGGAAGCGUGCAGCUGACCCUGGGCUCCAUCCGCCAAGAAUACUGGAUUCUCCGCGGGCGGGCGCUCGUCAAAAGCAGUAUCCACCGCUGCUUAAUGUGCCUGCGAUGGCGGGCGGCAACCCCGCAGCCACUCAUGGGGGACCUGCCGCGGCCUCGAGUGACACCGGCUCGGCCGUUCCUCCACACAGGGGUCGACUACGCUAGACCAAUGUGGCUACGAACCUCCGGGGGACGAGGGCAGCGCGCUACUAAGGCCUUCCUGGUGGUUUUCGUCUGUCACAGCACCCGCGCCGUCCAUCUCGAUAUAGCGUCAGACUAUUCCGCUGACGCCUUCCUGACCGCGCUGCGUCGGCUUAUCGCGCGCCGGGGGCUAUGUCGAGCCGUCUAUAGCGAUUGCGGCACAAACUUCGUGGAUGUCGACGCCCGACAACUGCGAGCGCUCUUCGCAGCCAGCGGCCAGGAAGGCUAG